UUGAGUAUUGCCAUCGCAGUAGCUAUAAGAAGAAACCCUAACCCUAACGCUUCUUCUCUGAGAUUCGACUGAGAGGGAGGGAGAGAGAUUGUGUGUGGUGCCGCAGAAAUGAAGUAUAACCCCCGAGUAACGUCGUCCCGCCGGAAGAACCGGAAGGCGCACUUCACGGCGCCGUCGAGCUUGCGGCGAGUCCUAAUGAGCGCACCCCUCUCGACUGACCUGCGCAGCAAAUACAACGUCCGGUCGAUGCCGGUCCGCAAGGACGACGAGGUCCAGGUAGUUCGAGGGACCUACAAGGGCCGGGAGGGCAAGGUCGUGCAGGUGUAUCGCCGCAAGUGGGUAAUCCACAUCGAGCGCAUCACCAGAGAAAAGGUGAACGGCUCCACUGUCAACGUCGGAAUCAACCCUUCCAAAGUCGUCAUCACCAAGCUCCGCCUCGACAAGGACCGCAAGUCCCUCCUCGAUCGCAAGGCAAAAGGUCGUGCCACUGCUGACAAGGACAAGGGAGCUAAGUUCACCGCCGAGGAUAUUAUGCAGAGCGUCGAUUGAUGAUUUGUCGUGAUUCCAUCGAUUCAGGUUUUACGCUAGAUGCUAUUUGUUUUAUUUUAACAGUAUUUAGUUUGUUUUGUGGUCUCGAGGUUCGACAAGGCUGGAGGAACAUACUCUUUUAGCAUCUGUUGAUGUUAUGUUAUCGUGGAUUGUGUGUAUUGAAUCUUAAAUCUUGGUUUUUUGAUAUAAAUCUUGGAUUUUGAUA